AUAAACAACCUAACAAAUCCAAUUAAAAAAAUGAGUAAAUCUGAUACAUCAGAAUUAGGUAUAAUCUAUCUAACUGAUACACCAGAUAAUAUUUAUAAAAAAAUUAGACGUGCUGAAACAGAUUCUAUCCGUAAAAUUACUUAUGAUAUUGAAAACCGUCCUGGAGUAUCAAAUUUAUUAAGAAUUCUAUCUGCUAUCCAGAAGUUGGCGCUUCUGAUUCUUAGUAUGAAACUGUGGAGAUUGUUGAGUUUUGAUCUUGAAUUGAUCAAUGUUAGACCACUAUUGAAAACCUUGAAGCACUGGAUGGCCGUUUCGUCUUAGUAUGAGAUUCCUCAACAGUGCACAUCCAUGAUCUUUUUUGAUUCUAUUAAUUAAUUUAUAUACAUUUAAAUAGUAUUAAAUAACCACUAAAUAUUUAAUGGUGUUUUAUUAUCAAGGGUCGUAAAAUUGAAGAAAUUCUAUCUACAGUACCUAAUGAUUGGAGUAAAGAAGAUUUGAAAUCCAAAGUGUCAGAUGCACUUAUUGAAGAAUUUGAUCCAAUUCAAAAACGAAUAAAUGAUCUUAUGAAUACAGAAGAAGGCCAAUCUACUAUAGUUAACUGUUUAUCACAUGGUUCAAGGCGAGCUAACCAGUUGGCUACAAAACGUUUAGAGCUAAUUUACUCUGCUAUUGGUUGUAAGAUAUCAGAUUGUAAAAAUUAUUCUUCAUCAUAUUAACUAAAAUAGUAACCGUUUAAUAUGAAUAUAUGGUCUAUUAAGUUUUCUUUCAUGUGUACAUUGGUUACAAUACUUUUGAUAUCUAGUAUCUACCUACCUACCUACCUUCUGAUUUUUGUUUUGAAUCAUUAUGCAAUUAUCCAAUGAAGUGUGAGCGAUUAGCACAACAAUUCUAAACACUGUGUAGAUUUAUUCCUUAACUUUAGAACAAAACUGGCAACUGAUGUUUGUUGUAUACUGAUUUCCUACAAGAGUUCUUUUAGAUUAUAUCGGCUAUAUACUCUAAGUUUACAAUCAGCUACAAACUUUGAAUUUUCUGUUAUUGUUUGGCCAGUUUUCAAAUAAACUAUCAAGAAUAUUGCGACUCUAUAGUGUUUUACACCUCAACUAGUUCGAUUGACACUUCACAGUAAAUAGCUCCGAUCCUGACAAAAAUAUGGUAUACGAACUUAUUCUUAGUCACUGGUUAUCAUAAGAUUGCAUCUCCACUGCCUUGUGGAUUAAACCACUAGGUGAAAAGCGUCCGGGUAUGGUCUCCUAAGAAAAUUACCUAUUCCGUUUUUCGUCAAAAAAAAACAAACUGAAACUUUUAUUAUCAUUCAUUUGUAUUGGUUGUUUGCAUUUUCCCAUUGAUGUUUAGUUCUGCAUUUCACCAGUCUCUUUUUUUUUAAAAAAAACAUUAACUUCGGUAUCCAAAUACAUUCAGUUAAAGAGUCACAAAUAGGACGAAACACGAUUCAAAUUAGAUUCCAUUGCUAGCUACUAUUCAUCUUUGCUUAUAACGCUUUUAAAUUAAGACAAUAUGCACAUAUGCCAAUAAGAAGAGAUUGAUUAAUUGCAGUGUUAAACAUCAAUGGGAAGAUUCAAGUAAACAACAAUACUAAGUGAAUUCAAAAAUAACAAGGUUUCUAACAUGAAAUGGAUUUAUUCUAUUUCACGGUGUUGGGAUAUUCAGGAAAAUAUCCCAAAGAUUAUUCUGCUAGUCCUAAUGCUAUCCUUGGACAUGAAAUGAUAUCAUCUUAUUGGUUAAUAUUUAUUUAACGUGUUAUUUUCCUGUUGGCCAUUACUGUACAAUGUUAUCUUCUAUUUUAUGGUACGUUGUGGACUGCUUGAAUGGUAUAUAAACAAAGUAUGUUUGAAAUAAAAUGAUUCAUAUAUCUGAGGCUGUGACUUGCGUUCUGGACUCAAUUGGCUGGGCUAGACAGGGAAGCGAGACCAAUCAGAACCCUAGGUCGUUCUACGUGUUUGCGCGUCUUUGGUCCGAUCAAUAAUCCGCUAUCCCUUAUUCCGCAUCAAAUAUUUUUCACGCUAUAACAACGGUUUUGCAUUAGCGAUGAAAUUAAUAUGUGAUAGGGUAAUCUCUUAACAUUAUACAAAAGAUGAAUAUCAGAAGAUGUAAGAAUAGAAUUAAUUUGAUAAACAAUCAAUCACACAAUAACAGGUCAGUAUAGGAACGUUUGAUACCAAUUAUCUCUCCAAAGUAGAGUAAACUUGAUGGGUUUUUUUUUCUGUUGAUUAUUGGUGCUAUAACAGAUGACCUGUGUGCCCUGUUAAUGUAUAACAUACUGAUAACAUAAUAUUCAAUGAUGCAUAAUAUUUAUACGUACAUUUAUAUUUUUGUUUGAUGCUUUACACCUGCUCUUACUCACCAUGUUAUAUAGGGAUAAUACUUCUAAGUCAUUGAUCUCAUAAUCAGCAUUAUGCAAAUGUGAUUAAAAUGAUCUCGGUGGUCUUGUAAUAGUAUUCCGACAGCCGAAAAUGG